AUGCCCAGGUUUCCAGUUUCCCCAUAUUGGUCAUCAAAUCCAAACAUUCCCAUUUAUCUCGACGAGAGUGACGAACGCGGAAAGCGCGAGGAGCAGCAACGAUCGGAAUCUGAGACCGUGGCACGUUCAGAGCCACAACCACAGCCGCACCCACGGCAUGCCCCCGAGUUCAUCUGUCCCACCUGCGAGACAAGCUCUAGGGAUACACCAAUACACUGCGUUUCAGUCGCACCGUCACCUUCACCACCAGCCUAUACUCCCAGAGCACCAUCGUAUCGACAACAUCUCGCCGUACCUACCCUAACGAUACAGACACCACGCGAAAGUUGGUCGAGACCCCAAGCUCCCAUCCGCACCCUUCAGCUUGAUCCAGAAGGCAGACCAAACGUUAGAUUUCGGCGCAAUGCAUUUUCACCGCUUUCGCCAACAGUCACCGACCCAAUAACGCCCGGCACGGCCGAGAGAGGAGAAGAUGGUGAACCAGCCAUAGAACCAGCUUCAAAUCUUGCCCAGCGUAUUGAGCAAAAGCUUUGGAACUACACUGCCUCUCGCAGCGUGGUCAAGAGAUGGUUGAUUGAGAUCAUCAGCUGGACCCUUAGCGCUUCGUGCAUGGCUGGCAUCUUCAUCAUGCUCAUGUUCCACAAGGACAAGCGUAUCCCUACUUGGCCCCUGGGUCUGACAUUGAACGCUUAUAUCUCAGUUCUAUCGAAGGUUGCGUCUGGUGCGCUGUUAUUACCUGUGUCGGAGGCAUUAGGGCAGUUGAAAUGGAGCUGGUUUCAAGGCGAAACUUCAAAGAAGAUGUGGGAUUUCGAGAUCUUUGACAGCGCUUCUCGUGGGCCUUGGGGCUCUUUUCUCUUGCUAAUCCGGACAAGGGGGAAGUCUCUCGCGGCAUUGGGCGCCGCUGUCACCAUCAUGUCCCUUGCGCUGGACCCUUUCUUCCAACAGGUCGUGGAAUACCCCGAGCUUUGGCGGCUCCAACCAGUACAAGGGACUAUACCGGUGGCUAUUGGCUAUGAACCCUUCGCGAAAGGCCAGGAGUAUGUGGAUAAACUGACAAACCUCAACCCUGACAACACAAUGCUCGGAGUAGUUGCUCGAUAUUUCUACGACAACGGCACAUCACCAAUGGCUUUCGGAAGAGGGGUACGGGCAGAAGUCCCCUUGUCAUGUCCAAACAGCAAUUGUACCUGGCCCGAGUACGAGACACUUGGUGUCAACAGUGAAUGCGCCGAAGUUACGGAUAAGUUGGAGUUCAGGUGUGCUUGGGGAUCGCUCGACUGGGUGCAGCAUCCUAUUGUGGAUCUCUCUGGCGAGACCAACUAUGUUUUCCCGAACGGCACUGCCUGUGGAUGGUGGUUGAAGGCGGAAAAGCCUCUGCUUAUGACUGGCUACAACACAGCCAGCACAGGACAAUGGGCAAACGAAACUCUGAUUGUACGCUCAGAAGCGCUCUAUGACAUAUUCUCACGCAAGUUCUUGCCCGGAUAUGAACCCGUAUUCAACAACAGUCGGGAUCCCCUAGCACAUGUACUCAUCGUCUCGGGCGAAUCUAUCGAUAAUGUCCGCAACAACGGUACACCCAUCGCCCACGAAUGCUUGGUCCAAUGGUCUGUCAAUACUAUCCUGUCAAGUUACUCUGAAGGUGGUUACUCAGAAGAAAUUACCAAAGUCCAGAUGAACAGGUCAGUAACGGCAUCUCCCUGGUUGACCAACACGAUCAAAGGCAGCACCGACAGUUGGGACCUGUACGAGUACUAUUAUCUCGAGGAUGCAUACAUCGAGAGCGAUUCUGGGACCAUGUAUCAUAUCGACAACAACACUCACGUGUUGACGAUAUCCAUUUUCGACGACGCAUUCCCAUCAUACUUCACGUUGGUGAACAGCACUCAGCCCAAGGACGCCAUGCUACGAUACAAGAGAUGGAAAACCAUCCAGCCUUAUACUCGGAAUGUCACCUACAAUCCUUUCCAAUACGACAAUAUCUCUUUGCACUUCGAGCAUAUGGCAACGGCGAUGACUAAUCUGAUGCGAUCCGCCGGAAUCGAUACCGACAUGGUGCAUGGUGAAGCAUGGGAUAAAGAGAGCAUCGUCGACGUUCGCUGGGUUUGGUUGUCGCUUCCGAUAAGCCUCCUUGCAUUCACUGGCAUCUUCUUGCUUGGGACGGUCAUCCGAAGUUCGAGAGAGCAAGAUAGGGUAGGUGUGUGGAAAACAUCCGCUAUUGCAUCACUCUUCUACGGGCUGCCGAAGGACAUGACGCAGAAGAUGGAAGAUGAAAAGCAACAUGGCACUCCCCGCUUGCAUGCGAAGGAGGUCAAGGUAAAAUGGGUUCCGAAGAGAGGCUGGCGAUUCUCUGGGAACAGCGUGUCCCCGAGCAGUGCGCACAAUUUCCUUGCUGUUUCUCCCGCAUCAGAGAAAGCCCCCUCACCAACAUCCGCUCCCAAAGCUAAACAAUCGCCGCCGGUGCCGCCUGCGCAUUGGAUAUGA